GAGGACAAGACGAAAUAAUUAUUAUUGUUAAAUUAGGAUAAAAUCCUUUCUCGAGAUUUUUUAUUUUUCAAAACACACGCGCUUUUCCAUGUCAACGACACGCGCGCUUCUGCCAAAGCCAGCGUGCUACUCCCCGCGCACAGGAGUCUCCUCCAUCGUGGCCUCCGUCGGCGUUGCCGAACAAGCACUCCACGUCGGCGGCUCGGUCGCCUCCGCCGCUGCCGCCGUCGUCGUCGGCUCGCCGUCGUGCGCGUCGCGCCGGUGGGAGGCUUCUACAUUAAUUUCCUCCCGAUCGACAUUAUCAGAUUCUCUCGUAAAGAAAAGAAAGAGGAGAAGGGAUAACACCAAAGAUAAAUUGCCUUACGAUCCAAGGAUUCCUGUCAAAGACAGCCCCGUCGUAAAACAACUGAGGGAAUUAUUCGACAAGAAGAGACAGGGGGAACAAGAAGAAGACAGGGGGGACAAGAAGGACGACGACGUCGAAGUCGAAGAGGCACACCAACCUCGCUCAAGCUGCAGGCUUGAGAUGAGUGACCAUGGCUGCAUACACUUGAAUAAUUUUAAAGCAGCGAAGGGCAUCCAGCCAUACAAAGUGAUACACUCCUAUUUCGUGACCAGCUUAUCUACCGAGGCACGCAUAAGGAAGGCUGUAAGCUGCUUAUGUCAUACGUGUAAUACAUACAAAGAUCGUCUCCAUUCUUGUCUCCAUUGUAUAUUUUUUGGUUGCUAUGUGAAAGGUCACAUACAAGAGCACGCAAAAACGAAGAAACAUUUUUUAGCUGUGGAUUUAAGUUAUGGUAAUAUUUUGUGCUUCCAAUGUGGAGAUUACGUUUAUGAUAGAGAAUUGUUAUCUGUUGCUAAAGGGCAAUGGAGCCAAUUAGCAAAAUCAUUGAGCUUUGGAGAAUUUUAUCGUACUUGGGAACCUACUCAAAUAGAAGCAGAGUUACUGCGAAAACAUCCACGGCGAAGGCGUGUUGUAGAAAAUUCUACUAUAGGUCUAAGAGGACUUAUAAAUCUUGGCAGCACAUGUUUCAUGAACUGUAUUGUGCAAGCAUUAAUACACACUCCAUUAUUACGAGACUACUUCCUGGCUGACCGUCAUCACUGCCCACAACCCUCUCGCUGCCUAGUCUGUGAAGUGUCCCACCUUUUUCAAGAAUUUUAUUCCGGUAGUAAAACACCUGUAACGCUUCAUAAACUGCUUCACUUAAUUUGGACACAUGCGAGGCAUCUAGCAGGGUACGAACAGCAAGAUGCGCACGAAUUUUUUAUUGCUACUUUAGAUGUCUUACAUAGACAUUGCGAGGCUGCACCAAUUUUGGUGAAAGAUAACCCCCAUCACUGCAAUUGCAUCAUCGAUCAAAUAUUUACUGGUGGACUUCAGAGUGAUGUUGUUUGUCAGGCUUGCAAUGGAGUUUCGACUACAAUAGAUCCUUUUUGGGACAUAUCUUUGGAUUUAGGUCCCGCGGCUGGUGCAUCAGGAUCGGAUAAUUCUGGACCUCCUACCUCGUUAUUAGAUUGUUUAGAAAGAUUUACGCGAGCAGAACAUUUAGGCUCUAGUGCAAAAAUAAAAUGCAGCAAUUGUGAAACUUAUCAAGAAAGUACGAAACAAUUGACAAUGAAGCAAUUACCGAUCGUAGCUAGUUUUCAUCUGAAACGAUUUGAGCACUCCAGCAUUCAAGAUAAAAAGAUCUCUACGUUUAUUUCAUUUCCGGAACAAUUAGACAUGACUCCUUUUAUGUCGCACAGGCGUAAUGGUAAUAAUAACAGCUCUAUGAUCGCUGGCUUGCCAAAAAAUGGAGAAGAUAUGACGUUCAGUGAUAACCGAUACUCACUGUUUGCUGUAAUUAAUCAUGAAGGUUCUCUUGAGACAGGACAUUAUACAGCAUUCAUUAGACAACAAAGGGAUCAAUGGUUCAAAUGCGAUGACCAUUUAAUAACAAGAGCUAAAUUAAAAGAUGUUUUAACUAGCGAAGGGUAUUUGCUUUUUUAUCAUAAACAAAUUUUGGAAUAUGGACGAAAUAGUAGGGUGUAAAUGUUUAAUUGUAUAAUUAAUUUAUUUAUCACAAUUAAUGAUGGGCGAUAGACUUAAGUUCUUAAGCGUAUGUUGAAUUUUUUUUAUUGUAUUAACAGACACGCAUUAAUACAAUGAAGUUUAAAUAUUGAUUGAUAUUAAGAAUCAAGGUGUAUACAAAAUUCUAUACAUAUUUAAUUUAAUUAUGUAUAAGAUAUGAUGACGUUUAAAAAUUGGAAAUCAUUUUAAUAACGUAAUUGUUGAUCUAUAUGUUAGCACGAGAAAUUAAUAGAAAAAUUGAAAAAUGAAAUGAAAAAACGAUCAUUGCAAUGAAACUAUUAAACUACAGGACAUUGAUUUAUUAGUAUAGAUAUUUUUUGAUGUCAUAUACGAAGCAAGCGUGUUUAUACAAUUUAUUUAGUGUCAGUAUAUAAUUUACGUUUGGUGAACUAAGCUGAGAGUGCCUCUGGCGAUCACUUCCCUCGUUUGUGUCCUAAAUAAUAAUGUAAGGAUAGUUUUAAGAUUAGCUCAAUUUUUUUAAAUGACAGAUCACAAUUUUUGUAUGUCGCUGACUGUUGUUAUAUUUCUGAACUGACACGUCUAUACAUGAAAUGCCAAGGAUAGAUGACAACGUACUUCGUUAGUGUACUAUCAUGUUAAGAAUUCAAUUUAUUUUAAUUGCUUUCAAACAAUCUUUUUAGCCAUUCAAUUAAAUACAUUUUCCAAUUGUAAGAUCAAAGAUUUUUUAUUCGAGGUACGUUCGGAUCAGCGGUCCUUGGGAUGAAACAAUUUUGUACAAACGAAAUAACGUAUUGCGAGGAGAAUAAUUAAAAAGCGAAUCUUUUUCGCUCGACUGUAUAUAAUAAAAAUAAUUGUUUAUCAAAUUUU